GCGUUCUCCAGAGGCGAGUGGUCUGCUUAAAACAUUACACUCAAGCGAAAGAGCAAAAAAGAGUUAUUCAAAACUUGGGCAAACAUUGAAACCUUGUCAGUUCAGCAAUACACGCCUGAAUAAAAUUAGUUUCUCCUGAAAUACACCCCCGCCAGCUGUGGAGGAUUCCAAAAAUGGCAGCAGUUCCUGUCAGAGCAGAGUGGAACUUUCCUAUUUUUCUUCCAAUUUUGUCAACUAUCGGAUACAUUUUCCCCACUACGUUGAUAUUUUGAUUCAACUAAACAUUAGCAGGACUAUAGAGAGUUUGGGGAGCCAUCAGUUGCUGGGUGACUUGGUCCUGGGGCAUCGUGUUUGGUCAGGAGAUCACCGGGCUUCCCACGAAGUUGACGCCGCUCUUCUUUUCUCAGGCUCCCCCUGACAACAGCUCACUGAACGCGGAACUUUCAGCUCAGCCUGGACAUCGGCGGUAGCUAGCUAGUUAGCUUGCCGGCCGAAGAGCGCCGAAAACAAACCAGCGUCGUCUCGGUUUUUUCCCCUUUAUUUCACCCGCUCGGAGAUCCAGGAGACGUGUCGCGUCACUUGUCAGGGGAAAUAAAUAUCUGGUGUUAGAUGUCAGCACCAGUCAGAGACGCACUGACUUUCUUCUGCUGUUAUCUUCUAUCCUAGCCAAUCACAUGGAGAAGCUCCAGGAUAUGGGCCAAUCAGAGCUGCAGGAGCUCCUGGACAAUCCAGAGAGGGUGGAGUCUAUGACUCAGGAGUCUGACGAGAUUCAGAAUAUCCAGCUGGAGAGAGAGAUGGCGCUGGCGGCCAAUCGCAGCCUGGCAGAGCAAAACCUGGACUUGAAACCUCGUUUGGAGUCCCUGAAGGAGGCGCUGGUGGCGAGAUACUCUCAGCUGGAGGCCGUCAGAGAAACCUUCAGGCAGCACUGCUCCCAGAGAGAUGGGAUGGUGGGUCAGGUCUCUCCAGAGGCGUUCUUCUCAAGACUACAAACAGAAAGUGAAAAAACAGAGUCUGAGUCAGAGGCUCUGGCCGAUGAUUUCCUGGAAGGCUCUCUGUCCUUGGACUCCUUUUUCGAGCGUUUCCUGCUCCUGCGCUCGCUCGCUCACAAAAGACGCGUGCAGAUAGAGAAACUCCAAGAAAUCCUGCGACAGAGGGACAAGAGCAACCCGACCGCCAUGACAUCAACAGCUGGCGUUGCCCCAAACCCUGUCGCCACGGCAGCCUCAUGGAACCUACCAACGACAACGGUGACGACGACAAAUCUGCCGCAGCUGAACUCCAACCCGCCGUCCUCCAGCUACCAAAACUCCUCUCAGUCGGCCUCGUCUUCUGCAGUUGGAGCCUCUGGGCUUCCGUACAGCCCGUACCCUGCUUCCCCUCCCAACCCGCCUGCUGUAGUGGCAGCGGCGGGGCCGAUCCCAAACAAUCCGCCGCCACAGUUCACUCCGUACCCGAGCUCUGGCUCGUCUUUCACCCCUGCCGCGGGCUACUCCGGGCCCAGACCGGCAUUCGGGCCGCCUUCCUCCGUCACCUGCCCGUACCCGACCCAACACCCGUUUCCUGUUCCACACCCCGGCUCUGCGUUCGGUCAGUACACCCCCAGCCACCCCCCUGCCGGCGGCCCGGCGCCGUACCCGGCCUCCUACAGCUACGGCGGCUAUAGCUACCCGGCCGCGCCGGCGUAUUCCAGUUCUCAGUCUCCAACAGGGAAGCCCAUGUACAGAGCCGGGUACGGCGUUCCCCAGCCGUACUCCUGAAAGCGCUGCUGCUGAUUGGCCUCACACCGCAGAAACACUGAACCUCUCCAAGUAUUUCUGAUGUAGUUUCUACUGCAAAUAUCUUACUACACUUAAAAUAUGACAAAACUAACUUACAAAUAACUUCCCAGUAAAAUAUAGCAUGCUGCUUUAAGUAUUCCUUUAUUGUUGUAAAGAAGUCCUAGUUCAGCUGGCAGAUUAUUUCACUUAUAAAUAGAGGUGCACCGACUGCAGUUUCCUGGCCUGACCUUAAAAAUCCUGACCUGCCAAUUCAGAAUUUGGCUAAUACCAAUUUAUUUUUCUGAAAUGUUGCUAAAUGUAGCAAGAAAGUCGCUGAGUUUUCAACAGUAGGGUGAUUAUUGUUACCUGCAAAUGUGCAAACCUGACCUGGUGGGUCAGUCAGUCAAACCUUUCUAAAGGCAGAGCAGCAGAGGACAGAGGCUGAUUUUUAGACCUUUACUGAGGUAGAUAAGAUCGGCUUCACAUGCAUGUAUCAACCGAUCACCGAUAUCCCAGAAUUAAGGAGGUCUGGGCCAAUUUACUGCAUCCUUACUUGUUUUAAGUGAAAAAUUUCUGAAUAUUGAUAGUUCCACUGGAAGACUGUUCCACUUAUAACAACACUGCAAAAACACAAAAUCUACCAAGUAUUUUUGGUCUUUUAGUGCAAAUAUCUUAUUACACUUGAAAUAGGACAGAACUAACUUACAAGUAACAUUUCAGCAACAUAUAGAAGCUUGGUUUAAGAUAAUAAUUCCUUCAUAUUGACGAAAAUUUUCUAAUUCCAUCAGCAGAUUAUUUUACUGAUAAAAUGUUUUCCCCAUGUUAUAUGUGAAAUAAUCUGCCAGUGGAACUAGUAGUUUUUUUAUGAAUAUUAAGGAAUUUUGCUGAAAAUUUACAUGUAAGUUAAUUUUGUAUAUAUUUUUUUCUAAAACAUUGAACUAGAAACUAGGUUAAAAAUACUUGGUAAGAUUUUGUUUUUGCAGUGAAGACAUUUUUCUUCUAAGUGAAAUAAUCAGCCAGUGCAACUGAUACUUACUAGUCAAGAUAAAGGGAUUAUUGACAUAUAGCUACAGUAUGUAACUUUUAUUUAAAAAAAAUAUGUUUUUCACUUAUUUGUUGAAGUUGUCACCAUGUUGUGACAGUUUAUCUGUGAAAAGAUCAAUCUCCUCCAUCUUCUACCUGAGCUGCUGUUGUGGUCUGAAGAAAUGCACCACUCCUUAUCAAAAACAACCAAUCAGAGCCAGGAGGCGGGCCUUAGCGUUGUCAAUCUUGCUUGCUGUUACAGGAAAACCAUUUAUCCGCUGUUAUCGGUGGUUAUGCUAACUAGUCUUAGCAGUCACAACAGGCUAUGCUACCUGCAGCAUAGCAAAGGGAAAAGGAGGGUGAUUGACAGCACUAAAACCCUCCUCCUUAUUCUGAUUGUUUGUUUCUAGAUAGCAUUUUUUCGCAGUUUGUCUCUUCUAUACUGUCACUAUAUACUGACAGUUUCAACAAAUACAUCAAAUACUUUUUAUAAAAGUUGCAUACCGCAGCUUUAAAACAAGCUGCCAUAUCUUGAUUAAAAAAAAGUUACUUGUAAGUUAGUCUUGUCUUUUUUUCUCAAUAUACUUGCACUAGAAACUAAAGCAAAAACACUUGGUUAGAUUUUUUUGUGUGUUUUUGCAGUGCAAUUUCCAACACUUUCUUCCUUUCUCUCCUUCUUCUCUCUUGCUUUUGUCCCUGCUUCUUCCUCCUUUCACACACAGUCUCACCCUCCAGAGGUCUCUUGCUUUACUUAACUUUGUUGCACUAUUUCAUUAAACCAGUCUGAAGUAUCUGCCCCUCCCUCUCUCCCUUCCUCCCUCUGCCACACUAGUCUCAGGUUGUUGCAUUGCUUUGAGGUGUUCAAGCACUCGUUUGUGUCGUCUUUCUCCCUGUUGAAGUGAUGUUCUGUCCCCCCUUCCCGCCUCUCCGUCACGUUCAUGGCAACGAUAAGUCGUCGUAACACUACAAACAAUGUAAACCAGCUGUCUGUCUACUUCACACCCAUAUUUAUUAGUAAAUUACUUGUGAUCGGAGCAUCUUAGGAGGCUGAACACGGACAGAGUUGUGGCUAAAGCGAAGCAUGGUUUCUUUAGUAAGUCGUUUGGGUUUUGAUGCAGCUUCGGCUCGUUCUGCCGUUUGAUUGGCUCUCCCGGUGGCGGUGAACGCCUUCAUGCAAAUAGCUUUUGUUCUGAGGAGCUUUCAGGAAUCAGUCCCACUUUCUGUUCUUAGAAACCAAAGACGCUUCAUUUCGUUUGACCUGCAGGUAGACGACGUUCUUCAGCUGCAUUUUUAAAACUCUCCAUGCCAUUAAUUUUGAGUUUUCAGCUGUUACUGUUUUUAUGGGGGAGAAAAGUCUAAAUAUAUUAAUGGAGGAUGAUGACAGUAAAAUUUCCUGAACAACUCUUUUCUUAUUUAGCUAGAUGAGAACCGAUUUCAGUUUUCUAGCCGAUCACGGAUCUUUAAGGGUGUUUGCCUGGUAGACUCGGUUUGAUUGGGGAUGAAAUCGGUUUCACAUGUAAGUAUCGACUGAUUCCCAAAUUCCAAAAUCUACACCAAUUUAACCUCUUUGAAAGAAAGGAUUAUUUUGAGUUUACGUUCCACCAAGAUUUGUCAACAGUUGGGAGACAAUUGCUGUAUUUAUUACAGUGUACUUUGGCCUGCAGCGCCCCCCAUUGGCCACACAGUCCACAUUGUGAGAACUUAACCUGAAAGAGUAAUUUUCUCAAUUGGGGAAAAAAAUUCCUCAUAAGUAUAAUCUGUAUUUUUGCUUAAAUCAAACAUUGUUUUCAGUAAUUGCAACUCUAUCAUACUGGACAUUUUUAGAUGUAAUUCUUGUAUAAAUACAAUGAUAGCUAGCCUUAGAAAUCUCCUACCAGCUCAUGACAAUUAGACUGAAUAAAAUUUAGAAGGAAUAUUUUUAUUAAAACCCGCCAACACAAGACGCUGAAUCCAACCACAGGGCAGAGUUUCGUGAAGCCUGGUGGUGCACCGAUUGCAGAUUUUUCAGCCUAUCAUGAAUCUUUAAAAAGCCUGACCUGCCAAUACCAAUUUGUCUUUUUUUUUUAUCUGAAAAGUUGCUAAGUUUAUCGGUGCACCCCUUUCCAAAACUACUUGUUUGUUUCUUUGGAUAUCUGAAUAUUUUCUUUGCCAAGGAUCUAGUUCUGAGUACUGUUUAACUUUGCACUGUGUUUCAUCAUUGUUCACAUUUGAUUUAGAAACAUUCUGCAAAGCUAAUGUGUGAAAACGCCCACAUUCCCUCUGAUCUGUUUGGAUCCAUCUUCAGGAAUCACUAAACUAUAACAUUUCUGUUUAACCUCAAAACAAAACAGAUUAGUACUCCUGAACCAAACGAGUACUGAUGUGGUUUUUACAUGCCUCGGGGUUCUGGCAUUUUGCACAAACUUCAUCCCUGAGUUUCAGUUUUAGAUCCCCAAUAAAACAAUAAUGAACAUCUCAACAUUGAUUUUUGUCGUGGAUGAAGGAACAAAACUGAUCUUAAAGAGAUCAAACUGAACUUCUGACCAGACGAGGUGAUCAAAACAUGCCUGUGGUGGGAGUGAUGUUGGUGGGUGAUCAGGUACCGACUAAUUAAAGGGAAAACGCUUCAACAGAACCACAGUGGGUUGGUUUUACAUUCUGACUUGACUUUGACCAUCAUGUGUUGACUGGGAGUGGUUCAAACCAUCCAACACAGCAAGUGUAAGGCUCAUGGUGUGGAGAAAUAUAAACGGUCUACUUACACCACGUGUGUCAAACUCAAGGUCCGGGGGCCAAAUCUGGCCCGCCGUAGCUUUUCAUGUGGCCGUCUAGAAACCAGACGCCAUAUUACAUCAAUAAGCCUCUCUGGCUUUUCAUGAAAAUUCAUGUAAAUUUAACAGAUCCCUGCAUUUUGAGUCAUCAAAAAAUGGUCAGAAUCAUUUGGGUUUAAGUGACCAACUCCCACCUGCAGGUGGCAGCAUUUCUUACUUUUACGACACUGCCGCCUCAGCCUCACUUGACGUCAAGUUAUAGUCUGUGAUCAAUAAGGCGAGAAACAAAAACUUGCAUAUGUAAAUGCAAAUACUGCAAAGAUCCUUUUCAGAUAUUUCUGAAUUAGCACCACAGAAUCAGAAACUUUGAUUGUAAAAUAAUCAAAAAUAAAUCAUAAAAUACUGGAGGGACUGAUCAGAAGCUGCGUUUCCGUUGACCAUGUAAUUCAGCAAUUUGACGUUUCAAAAAUAAAUUUGCUUAAUGGAAGCACAACAAUUUUGAAAGAACUCUCCAAGGAGAGUUUGGCGCUGGGAUGACGUGGUUUGAGGCCAUUUUGAAAUUGGUUUAUCAAAACUUCAAUGGAAAAAGUUUUUUGCAUCGCACAAGUCACAUGAUCAACAACGCCUGGUGCAAACCACGAAGAAGAAAACGACAGCAAACAGUUGGAGGACAUUAGCGUGGCUUUUUUUUUAAUUGACUUAUUGUGUCAACAAACUUAUUCACGUGAUUUUAAUUUAGUUUUUUUAUUUAAUGGAAACACCGCAAUUGCAAAAUUGUUUCUACAACAUUAGUGGAAAAUGGAAAAAUCUUUGCAGACAUUUGUAAUGGAAUCGCAGCUAAUGUGAAAAGACGAUAAAUAUUUAAUUUUAAGUGGAACAUUCAUGAUUUUGGUAUCGCCCAAAAUGAAAAUGAAAAUGAGUUUGACACUCCUGCCUUAGGCCAUCAAACGCACAAAAUGGCAGUGCUGAGAAGUUAUUGAUGAGUGAUUUUAUAAGGUAGUCUUUGCAACGCUUCAUUAAAAGCAAAAUGGAAGCAUUGUGCAUCAAAGAGUGAUCUGUUAUAUACAACGGCUUACUAGAGCUACUAUAGAUGGGGGGGGGGGGAAGAGUUCAUUUUCACCAAAAAACUCUGAAAUUUUCAGAUUAAUCUCAGAAAUUUUAUAGAACAAAAAACGUGGAAAUUUGAGUUUGAAAAAUUUAACAAUUUGCUAAUAGAAAAAAAGCUCCUGCAUUAAUCAGAUAAAUUCCAAAAGUACAACAUUUUCUGAAGUUU